CGCGCUGGUACAGCUUGCUUGCAGACGCAGGUAGCGAGUGGAAGAGGGGGAGAAGGAAAAGAUGUCCGCCGUUCCAGACGGCAAGAAGCUGGUGCGAAGCCCGAGUGGACUGCGCAUGGUCCCGGAGAACGGAGCGCUCAGCAGCCCGUUCUCGCUAGCCGAGCCUCAGUGGGUUCCGGAUAAAGAGUGUCCAAGAUGCAUGCAGUGUGACACCAAAUUCGAUUUCAUCACUAGAAAGCACCACUGUCGGCGAUGCGGCCGCUGUUUCUGCGAUAAAUGUUGCAGUAAGAAGGUGGCUUUGCCCAGGAUGUGCUUUGUAGAUCCGGUGAGGCAGUGCGGGGAAUGCGGCCUCGUCUCACAGAAAGAACUGGACUUCUACGACAAACAGCUCAAAGUGCUCACUGCAGGAGGCACGUUUCUGGUCACACUCGGCUUCUCGGAGAAAUCGGAGACCAUGGUGUGCCGGCUGUCAAAUAAUCACAGAUAUUUGUUCCUGGAUGGAGAAAGCCAUUUUGAAGUUGAGUUGUCUCGGAUCUCCACCAUGCAAGUGUUGACCGAGACAGAGGGCUCAAUCCCUGGAGAGAAUGAUAUUCAUACUUACACCACUCUGCUGGACAGUCAUUAUAUAUCUGAAGGCGGCGUGUCCCGUGCCACAGGCAUGAUGCUGCACUAUAAGCCUCCUGGCUCACAGGACUCUCAGCAGCUCCGCAUGGAGACGGCCGACGACAAAAAGAGCGCCGCCUCCUGGCUCGCCGCCAUGCACAAGGCUGCCAAACUGCUGUACGAGUCCAGGGACCAGUAAAAUACCCAAAGACACAGAGCUUAAGUGGAACCGGAGGAGUGUCAAGACCAAGAGAGAAGGAAGCGUGUUUCUUAGAAACUCACGUAUACUCCGCAAUGCCUACCUGCUUUCUAUCGGACCUCUGCUUUCCGCUUCCCAUUCGGAUGAACUGGAUUGAUCACAUGACUCGCCUGUCACUACAACAGGAUGGACCAAGUUAACCGUUGAUUUUCAUGCAAUGUGUUUAUAUACAUGUGUACGUGUGUUUAUAAUAUAUAAAUAUACACAUACACACACAAUAUAUAUGCACAUGUUCUACAGUGAAUACGUUCCAGUCUAAUAAGAUUUUUUUUUUCUUGAGCCUUACAAGUCAAAUAGUCACAUUUUAACACAAUUCUGUGUGCGUGUAUGUAUAUAUACAUAUAUAUCUUUAUUACCAGUAUAUUUACUUGUAACACUUUGUAACCGUACCUCCAAAUCACCAAUACACACUACAACAAGCGGUUCAAUUGAUGCAAGUUUUGAGUAUUUUUGCUUUUUUUUUUUUUUUUUUAACCAAGUAUGCAUAGCCGGUAUUUUUCAUUGCGUUCAGUCCGGAGUUUGUUGUUGAGUUCAAACCCCCCGUUAAAAUGAAACGACUUUCCAGGAAUAUAAUUGUGCUUUCGUGAAAUACACAAAGCACGAAUUCAUGGUCAGUAUUUGAAGUGUUUUCUCCCCUAAAAUUCUUUUUCUUUUUUUUGUUAUGUAAUGCAAAUGUGUUGCAAUACAAAAUCUGUUUACAGACGUGUGCAUGAUUUUUAUAUCUACAUUUAUUUCCUAUUUACUGAUUAAAUCAAUUAUUUGUAACCUG